UUUUUCGGGUAGAAUACCUUCAGAAGUAUUUAGACUCACUGCAUUGAAAUCCUUGAACUUGUACAAAAUCAAUUAAUGGGAACCAUACCAAAAGAAAUUGGCAACAUGAAACAGUUAGAGUCCCUUGAUCUGUCAAACAACACACUUUCAGGAGAAAUUCCUCAAACCAUGUUGUCUCUUUCUUUUCUUGAGGUAUUAAAUCUCUCGUUCAACAAUUUGAAGGGUCAAAUCCCAUUAGGAACCCAACUCCAAAGCUUUACACCACUUAGUUAUAUGGGUAAUCCUGAACUUUGUGGAACUCCACUCAUUGAGAAAUGCAAACACAAUGAAGCCCUUGGUGAGGACACAAAUGACGAGGAAGGAUCCGAGUUAAUGGAAUGUUUCUAUAUGGGCAUGGGAGUUGGAUUUGCAACAGGCUUCUGGAUAGUUUUUGGUUCUCUUUUAUUCAAGAGGUCAUGGAGGCAUGCUUACUUCAAUUUUCUUUAUGAUGUCAAAGACUGGUUUAUAUCAAGAUGGACCUGA